UCGCGAGAAGACGCCAUUCCCCUCACUACGUAAUGUGCCGUGCUGCUUAUGGCGGCGCUGGUGACAGUGCUGAGAGCUGUUGGGUAUGAAGUGAAACAGAACUGAUUUAUGUACCAUCUGAAACUGCUGCUUCAAGUUCAGAUCAUACAGAAGACAAAGAAACUAAGAAAAUCCUAGAGAACAAAGCUGCAACAACCUUCUAAGCUGACGCUGAAAAGGAUCAUUUCAAAGGCUCAACAGAAGAAACCAAACAACACAGCCAAAGACCGAAGACGAGACACCCUAUCAAGAAGCGCAAGCUAUCUACUGAGAAACACCAAUGCCCAGCAAGAAGACCACUUGAUCUGAGACCAGAAGUUUGUGCCUACUCAACAGCUUCGACAAAGCACACGUCCCAACGCUGCUUCCAGCCCUCCGCAUCCUCGUUGUGCCCUGUCUCAUCGGGGUGUAAAGAGGGCUGCUUUUUGCUAGUUUGACAUAGUUCCCCUCCUGUUCCCACCCCCUCCACCCAUCUCUCUCUCUCUCUCACACUCUCUUGUCUUGCUUUUUUGGUGUCAAAAGCAGUGUUUGUUACGCUUGUCUGCAUCUCCCCCUUUCUGUAUUCCAUUUUGUCUAUUUUUUGGAAACUUAUCAGACACGAGUGAGAAACAUCGAAACGCGCCUGGGUGCAAACCAGACGAACACUUUCCUUGCACUUGUUUGACAGCCACUGUUGCAAGACACAAGCCCCAUCUCUAAGACUCAUAACAAGCAGCACAUCCCUACCCUCAGCCCACUAAAGAUGGAGAGGGCUUACUCUGAGCAGCCCCAGCCGCCUUCUCCCAUGGCGGCUGUCCCGGCCCCUGCGGCUACCACAGUCCUGCCCAUCCCCCGUUCUUCCUCAGUCUCCUGCCAUCCGUCCCACCCAUCUGGGUCCAAAAAGCAUAAGCGGACCCCCUUGUACCAGAGAUCUAUGAGUUACGACCCUGCGCUCCUGCACACCGGCGGGCACACAGGCUACGCCAAUGGCGCGGGUCUCGGCAUCAGGGAGACGGGCGUGGUGGAGAAGUUGCUCACUUCCUACGGCUUCAUCCAGUGCUCAGAGCGUCAAGCUCGCCUCUUCUUCCACUGCUCUCAGUACAGCGGCAACCUGCAAGAGCUCAAGCUCGGAGACGAUGUUGAGUUUGAGGUGUCCUCGGAUCGACGCACGGGCAAACCCAUUGCCAUUAAGCUGGUGAAGAUCAAGCCGAAGGUGCCGGAGGAACGCAUUACGGGGCAGGUGGGAGAGGAACUGCACGCCACUCCCUUCACUGGGCUGCAUGGGUUUAUUCAUCCAGUUGUUUCGGCCGUCCCUACCCACCUGGAUGGCAAAGCAGCACCUGGACAGUUGCCGACAGGCAGCGUGUGCUAUGAAAGGAAUGGGGAGGUGUUCUACCUCACCUACACCCCUGAGGAUGUGGAAGGAAAUGCGCAGCUCGAUACAGGAGAUAAAGUCAGCUUCUUGAUGGAGACGAAUGAGCACACCGGAGCCCAGAGUGCCCACAACAUUGUUCUGGUGAAGAAGAAGCAGCAGAGGUGCCAGGGUGUUGUCUGUGCCACAAAGGAGGCCUUUGGGUUCAUAGAGAGAGGAGAUGUGGUGAAAGAGAUCUUCUUCCACUACAGCGAGUUCAAGGGCGACCUGGAGGCACUGCAGGCAGGGGACGACGUUGAGUUCACCAUCAAGGAGCGCAAUGGCAAAGAAGUGGCAACAGAGGUGCGGCUGCUCCCCCAGGGUACAGUCAUUUUUGAGGACGUCAGCUCAGAUGUGUAUGAAGGCACCGUCACCAAAGUCAUUCCCAAGAUUCCCAACAAGAAUCAGAAUGACCCUCUGCCAGGGCGUAUCUGUAUCAGGAAGAACUUCAAGGACAAGGAGUUACCUUUUGGGGACAAGGACACAAAGUCAAAGGUCACACUGCUGGAGGGUGACCAUGUGCAGUUCAACAUCUCCACAGACCGACGGGACAAGCUGGAGAGAGCCACCAAUAUAGAAAUUCUGCCUGAUACCUUCCACUUCACCAAGGAAACCCGUGAGAUGGGGGUGAUCGCUGCCAUGCGCGAUGGGUUUGGCUUCAUCAAGUGUGUUGACCGCGACGCCCGGAUGUUCUUCCACUUCAGCGAGAUCCUGGAGGAGAGUCAGCUGCACAUCUCUGAUGAAGUGGAGUUCACUGUCGUGCCUGACAUGCUGUCAGCCCAAAGGAAUCAUGCCAUUCGGAUCAAGAAGUUGCCCAAGGGCACCGUGUCCUUCCACACCCAGUCAGAGCAGCGCUUCACUGGAGUGGUGGAAAAGGAGGCCUUCCCCCCUAUCUCCAGCAAGAGUGCCAGUCCUAGCAAAGGCAAGGAGAAGAAAAAAGAUAAGGAUGCAGAGGAAGGGUUGAUUGUGUAUGAGGACUGUGGUGUGAAGAUGACUGUUCCAUACCAUGCCAAGGACCUGGAGGGAUGCAUUCAUCCACAGAUGGGAGACAAGGUCGAGUUUUCCAUCAGUGAGGUGAAGAGGACAGGUCAGCAGAGUGCCGUUUCCCUCAAGGUCCUCAACAGACAGGUCAACACCAAGCGUCUGCUGGGCUUUGUUGCCACGCUCAAGGAUAACUUUGGCUUUAUUGAGACAGCCAACCAUGACCAGGAAAUCUUCUUCCACUACAGUGAGCUGUGUAGCGACCUGGACAGCCUCGAGCUGGGGGACACUGUGGAGUACAACCUGUCUAAGGGCAAAGGGAACAAAGUGAGCGCAGAGAAGGUCACCAAGGUGGCAGCUGUGAAUGGUAUAGGGGACGAUGUGAGCACCACUGUGUAUUUGGGCAAGGUGAUCCGCCCCCUGCGCAGUGUGGACCCCUCCCAGACAGACUACCAGGGCCUUGUCGAGGUCACUGACGAUGGCAGCCAGAAGGGCCAAAACUACCCGUUCGGCAUUGUGAGCAUGGCCAGCAAGGCGGACUGCCUGCAGAAAGGGGAGACCGUCAAGUUCCAGCUCUGCACUGUGCCACAGACGGGCCAGAAGAUGGCCUGCAACGUUGUGCCCCAGCGCCGUGCCUUCGUUGAGUGCGUCAAGGACCAGUUUGGCUUCAUUACCUAUGAAGUUGGAGAUGCCAAAAAGCUGUUCUUCCAUGUGAAAGAGGUGCUGGAUGGAUUAGAGCUGCAGGCUGGGGAUGAGGUCGAGUUCUCCGUCAUUCUCAACCAGCGGACGGGAAAGUGCAGUGCCUGCAGCGUGCGUCGUGUCAGUGAAGGGCUGAAGCCAGUGGCAACACCCCGUCCUGAGCGCCUGGUAAACCGGCUGAAAAGCAUAACGCUGGAUGAUGCCAGCGCCCCCCGCCUGGUCAUCUUGCGGCAGCCCCGGGGCCCGGACAACUCUAAGGGAUUUAACAUUGAAAGGAAAACCCGUCAAGCUGGGGUCAUCGACUGAGCUCGCCUAGUGCAGUGGACUGGGGGUCAAAAAAUGCAAUCCUUAAGGGGGAUUCCGACAGGGGCAGGGAAAGGGGAUGCUGCCCUCCAACACAGAUGCUCAGAUAUCUGCAUGCACAGCCCCUCCUCCUGCCCCCCUCCCCCCCUUACAGAACCCUCCUAUUCCAUUGGUUUCCUGCUUUCUGUGUGGGUGUUCCCUCCUGCAUUGCGAACCACACCCAGUGCUACAGAAGGCACCAAGACAUCUCUGCUCCACAUGUGUAUGUGUGUGUGUGCGCGCGCGUGUUUGUACAAGAGACAUUUUAGACAAGUCGGAGAGAAGGUGAAAAUCAGAGGUGGGUUCUGGGUGCCUCAGAACAAAGUGAUUUAGUGCAGCGCCUUCUCUAGUCCCAGUCUUGUCUGAAAGUGCAAAGGUGAUGGCUAGCAAGCGAGUGGAGUUCUGCACCUGCAACAUGUCUAUGCUGUGUUAGAUCCUUGGUUUCUCCUCCUGCUUCCUCUGUACCUCUUUAUGGGUAAAUCCCAGUUUUCCAUGCAGUUACUUCAACAUGCUGGGUGUUAUAAAACAGACUUAAGGUGACUUUUCUUUAAGAAGGGAUUUAUGUACGUGAUGCGGAAACAAACAUAGCUCCUUGCUAUAGAAGUGUGAGAACAGUGUUCCAAUAGGUGUUUGUAGUUUGGGGUUCUUCCCUCGGAAACAGUGUAUGGUAAGUGUCCCUGCAGCUGUACACCCCCUAUCGUUCACUGAGUGCACAGUCACACCUGUCCCUACAGGUGCAGAAUUCCACUGCCUUGUAGUCAGUGUUGCAUUUCUUGUGCUUUUAUACAAUAAUUCCCUCCCUCCCCCCCCCCUUGCACAUUUCUGCUUUUUUGUUUCACUGAAAGCUGGUUUCUGCUAAUGAAUGAAAAACUUUAAAAGGUGCCUAAAAAUGCAUAAAACAAAAAUGACAAAAAUAAUGUACCUUUCUUCCCAGCCAACAGCCAAAA